AUGCCCACGAAAACUCGUCCAGUCGAGAAGUUUGCCAAGGCUACUGCUCAGUGCUCUGUAGAGGCUGCGGCAUAUGGCAAGUGCGUCGUUGCGGAUUACAGUUCCGUUCACAAGGAUAUGUGCGCAAAGGAAUUCAUGAGACUGAAAGAUUGCUUCCUGGCUGCCUCCAAAAAAGGUUAA